AGCCUCAUUUGUAGAUACCAAAAAUAGUCUCAAACAAACCUUAAUCCAGAUUCACAGUCUUCAUUGUGGAAAUAAACAGAAAGCAUGCAUUUAAAAAAACAGCAAGCCAAUCCUGACCUCCAAGAAGACGAGUUUGAGCUGAAGGACACGAAUCCCCAGCUUGGAGGAAGAGGGUGGAUGAACAGAGAAAGAUAUGCCACCAGCAGAUAUGAUCUUGUGGAGCAGAUGUUUUACCUCUAUGUCAGAAUUGUCAAAGCCAAGAUUCUUGCCACCACAACUAUCACUUGCCCCGAGCCUUGUUGUGUGGAAGUGAAGCUGCUGAACUAUGUAGGAAAGACAAGGUACGCCGAGGAUCAAGAAUGGAAUCAGGUGCUUGCUUUCUCUAGAGAUGCCAUCAAAUCGUCAAUUCUUGAAGUUUUUGUCAAGGGGAGAAAAGAAGACUAUCUAGGAAAAAUGGUGUUUGACUUGAACGAAAUCCCAACAAGAAUCCCACCAGACAGUCCUCUGGCUCCUCAAUGGUACAAUCUAAAUGACCUCUAUGGCAAACCCAAUGGAAGCAUCAUCAUGCUUGCUGUUUGGAUGGGGACACAAGCCGACGAAGUGUUUUCAGAAGCAUGGCAUUCAGACGCUGCGUUUGUUAGUGGGGAAGGAGUGGUUAAUGUGAGGUCCAAAGUUUAUGUCUCCCCAAAACUUUGGUACUUAAGAGUAAAUAUAAUUGAAGUCCAGGACAUCAUUGGCAAUGGCAGAGACCGUGACCAUCAGCUUCGUGUCAAAGGGCAAGUGAGAAACCAGGUACAAAGAACUACCAUUUCGCGUGCUGGUCAAAAUCCACAAAUGUGGAAGGAAGACCUGGUGUUUGUAGCAGCAGAGCCAUUUGAGGAGGAGCUAGUGAUUACUAUUGAAUACCAGAACGAGGAGCUUGGAACAAUAGCUCUUCCUCUGUCCACAUUUGAAAGGAGGAUAGACCACCGCCCUGUCCAAUCUCAUUGGUUCAAUCUCAUGAAGCUUGGCUGUGAAUCCUCGGAGCCCUGCAGGAAAAAAGAGGCAGCAUUUUCAGGAAAAGUGCACCUAAAAAUCUGCCUUGAAGGCGGGUACCAUGUAUUAGACGAAUCAGGAAUGUACAUGAGUGAUCAGAGGCCAGCUGCUCGACAGCUCUGGAAUCCACCAGUUGGGAUAUUGGAAGUUGGGAUAUUAGGGGCACACAAGCUUUUUCCAAUGAAGACGAAGGAUGGACGGGGGCGCACAGAUGCAUAUUGUGUAGCCCGGUAUGGUCAGAAAUGGGUAAGAACCAGGACAAUUCUUGACACAUUUGACCCCAUAUGGAACGAGCAGUACACAUGGGAAGUCUAUGAUCCUUGCACAGUCAUAACACUAGGAGUGUUUGACAACCACCAUUUGGGCGGAAGUGGGAAGACCGCAGCAGCCCUACGUGACCUUGAGAUUGGGAAGAAAAUGGGAGAAGUCCACUUGGCAGUGCGGUUCAGAAGCCUCUCUUUGGCCAACAUGGUCUCCGUAUACGGACACCCUUUGCUGCCCAAAAUGCAUUACCUCCAUCCCUUAACGGUCAACCAACAAGAGAUCUUGAGGUGCCAUGCUAUGAGCAUCGUGGCAUCAAGGCUAGGCAGAGCCGAACCUCCACUCAGAAAAGAAGUGGUUGAGUGCAUGUUGGACUUCAGGUCCAACUUGUGGAGCAUGAGAAGAAGCAAGACUACCUUUUUAAGGAUCACGUCCCUCGUCUCGGGCAUACUGUCCUUAAACAAAUGGUUUCGCGACGUAUGCCACUGGAAGAACACAGUCACCACGACUCUGGUUCACAUCCUGCUCCUAAUAUUGGUUUGGUGCCCAGAGCUAAUACUUCCCACAUUUUUCAUCUACAUGUUCUUUAUAGGACUGUGGAACUACAGGUCCCGGCCGAGACACCCUCCACAUAUGGACACUAGACUUUCAUGUCCAGAAACAAUGAGUCCGGAUGAGCUUGAAGAGGAGUUUGACACAGUCCCCACGACAAGCGAGCAAGAAAAAGUCCGGGUUAGGUAUGAUAGGAUGAGGCAUUUGGGAUGUAGGAUUCAGGGGAUGGUGGGAGAUAUGGCGACACACGGUGAGAGGAUACAGUCGGUUUUGAGUUGGAGAGAUCCAAGAGCAACCAGUAUGUUCAUUGUGUUCUGUCUUCUUGCUGCCGUUGUGCUUUAUGCAACUCCUUUCAAAGCAGUGGCUUUGGUUUAUGGACUCUACAUCCUCAGACAUCCCCGGUUUCGCAGUAACUUGCCCGGUGUAGCAAGUAACUUCUUCGAGCGCUUGCCAGCUCGCACAGAUUGCCUCAUGUAAUAAUAAAUUAAUAACAAUACU